GCAUUUGAGCAUUUAAUCAACUAGAAAAUCAAAAGGAUUAUAUUGAUUAAGGUUUGGAUAAUGGAGAAGAGUGAAUCAACCAAGAUUGAUGUUGCAGAGUCGAGCAAAGAAAGGAAAGGGAAAGCUCCCCUCUUGGGAGCUCUUAACGUUGCAUCUGACAAUAAGGCGGCGCCGGCGCCGGUAGGCGGCGGCGGAUAUAAAAAGGGGCUUGCCAUCUUCGACCUCAUCCUUAGAAUAUGUACUGUCGCCACCGCCAUCGCCGCCACCGUCACCAUGGCAACCGCCGAGGAAACUCUUCCGUUUUUCACUCAGUUUUUUCAGUUCGAAGCUAGCUACGAUGAUAUCCCAACUUUCUCGUUCUUUGUGAUUAGCAUGGGGAUAGUGUCUGGAUACCUGGUUCUUUCAAUACCCUUCUCCAUAGUGUGCAUUGCACGUUCAUAUGCACUCGGUCCAAGGAUGUUUCUAAUCAUAGCCGACACAGUGGCGAUUACGUUGGCAACGGCGGCGGCGGGGUCGUCGGCGGCCAUCGUUUACUUGGCUCACAACGGGAGUUCAGACGCCAAUUGGCUUGCAAUCUGUCAGCAAUUUGGGGAUUUCUGCCAGAGGGCGAGCAGCGCGGUGGUUGUGGCUUUCGUCACGGUGGUGAUCUUGAUUAUCAUGGUGGUUUUCUCUGCUUGUGCUCUUCGAAGACGCUGAUGAUUAAUCAACAAAAUAUAUGAUUGAAUGCUCGCUUUUGCGGUUUAUAAUAUUAUGUAUAUUUCCUUUGGAUUUUAUCUGUGAUUUUAUAUAUGGUGGUGUUGUACGUUGGUGUACU